AUGAAAAGCCAGUUACACUUGGCAAAGUGGGUUGACAGGAUUGACCAACUCUUUGGAAAAUCUUUGCCCAACUGGUUAGCUCAGCAAAGUGGGUUGGCAGGAUUAAGCAACUCUUUGGAUUCUUUGACCGAGCUGGUUAGCUCGGCAAAAUGGGUUGACAAGAUUGAUCAACUUCUUGAAUUCAUUGACCGAGUCAGCUUAAAGAUGAGUAGAUUGGUCCAGUCCCAUUGUCAGCAUCUCAAUCGAAGCGAAGAGUAUCUUGGUUUGCAUAUGCAUAGCUCUCCUUUAGAAGCCCGGUACCAGGGACUUUUGGUCCUUAUAAUUGCCAGACACCUAAAGAAGGUCAUCAUUGUGCAAGUCUUUAUUUGGUGUUCUCUUGACGAUCUUCUCUCGACCUCUUUUCACCUUCAAGUAGUAGCACCAACCGUCGUCGCAUUGACUGAGAGAAUAUUGGUGGAAUAUCUUGUUGUGAGUGAUGAUGGGUUGAAAGAAAUAGACGAUUCUAUUGCCAACAUUGAACUUGCAGUGAGAUAUAUGAGGUCUUCUCCUCAUAGGCAUGAUGUUUUUAAGAAGUGUGCGGCCACACUCAAACUUGAUUCAAAAGCUCUUGUCUGCCUAGAUGUACCAACUAGGUGGAACUCUACCUAUUUGAUGUUAGAGGCCGCCGAAAAGUAUGAGAAGGCUUUUAACUGA